CCUCAAUAUGAGAAGUAAGAAAGUAAAAAUCAAUCAGUGUGCUAUAUCUCCUCCUUUAUCCACACUUGUGAUUAAUAUCUCCUCCUUUAUCCACACUUGUGAUUAAAUAUAGUUUUGUGCAACUCUAAUAUGAGAAGUUGAAGGUAGAAAGUGAGACAAAAAGAGGAAAAUAAAAUUACUUUUAUUGAGUUAGUGCUCUCUGUUUGGUGCUCAAGAAUCAAGAAAGAUCCUAAUUAUUAAUUUUGGAAGAGAACGUCAACAAUGGCUACUUCUAGUGGUUACCUCACAAAUUCUUUUUCUAAAAGGGCAAUACAUGAGAGUAUUUCAGCAUUCUUGAUAAUGUCAGGAAGAUCAUCGAAUCUCAAUUCCUCAAGCAAGGGGAAGAAACAAGUAUUUAGAGAAUUGAGAUAUGCCAUUCCACAAUCUGAGACUGAAUCAACAUGCACAUGGAAUCUCCAUUUUGAUCGAUUGGAUGAACAAGUGUUGGAUCAGGAAAAUCGACAUCAGUUCAUGGCACAUGAAGCAGUGCUUGAUGAAGAAUAUUGGACAGCAGCAUGGCUGCGAGCUGAAUCUCACUGGGAAAAUCGCCAAAAUGAUCGAUUCGUCAAUAACUAUAAAAGGAAAUAUGCAGAGCAGGAGUUUAAUGCCUUGAAAAGAAGAUGCAAAUCACAAAUUGGGCAAAGAUGCACCUGCAUUGUUGCGGAAUCAAACUUUUCAUGCCAUUGCUUUGGUGCCUGUUUCAAGCCAUAUAGGGAUUUAGUACGGGCAGAAGAUAAAAUUAUCGGACAUACAGUACUUAACAGUGUCGUUGGGACACUAGAUUUAAUCAUCGGGCACUUGUCAAGUGGAGAGUCUUUUCCCUGGGGAAGGGUGAAUGCCCCUGAUUUGAGCAACAUUGAGAGAUCAUCCAUUAAUAGAUAUGGUUAUAUUGCAAAUUUAUGUGUUCUGAAAUCUUCUCGAAGGAAAGGUGUUGCAAGAAACAUGUUGCAUUUUGCUAUUAGAUUGGCUAAAGAAUAUGGUGCAGAAAAGGUGUUUGUGCAUGUACAUACAAACAAUGGACCUGCACAAAAGCUUUAUCAAAAUGUUGGCUUUCAGGUUGUGGAAGUGAAAAAUCAUAAACUCGCUGAAGAACAACCUCACUUGCUUUUCCUCAGAGCAUGAAACACAUCGAAUGCAAGUCAAAUUUUUUUCUAUUUUUUGGCUGAUAUAUUUGAAGCAUACCCUUCACAUGCCAUUUUUUCCACACGUAUAUAUAUAUAUGCAGUAAUGAAAACUUCAACUAUGAUUAAACAAAUAUCUGAUGUAUUCCUUUAUUCUUAUGAGAGACUGAAAAUAAGAGAGGAAAAAUUCAUUAACAAGUU